AUGAAGACAUCUCCGAAGUUCGUUCUCUACAUGACAUGUUUCUUCUUGGGGGAAAUGGUUCAGAUGCAUCAUUUUAUCUUGACUGAUCAAGACAGUGGAUUCAUAUCAGUUGAUGUUGGAGACAACUUGACUUUGCAGUGCUUCUAUGAGGGGGAUGACAAAAACAUUUAUUGGUACAAACAAACACCAGGACAGAAACCUCUGAUUAUCUCAAUGACGUACAAAUUCUCAAAAGAUUUUGAAUUAGAGAAUGAAUUCAAGGACAAUCAACGCUUCACUGUGGAAACUAAUGAUGUUGUGAGUCAACUUAAUAUCUCAGAUCUGGAGCUUUCAGACUCAGCUACUUACUACUGCAUAAAGGGUCGUUCAUUUGUGUUUGAGUUUAUGGAGGGCGUCACUGUCAGUGUGAAAGGUUCAGGGUCUAACAUCCAGGCUGUGGUGCAUCAGUCUGAGAGCAUCCAGCCAGGAGGCUCUGUGACUCUCAGCUGUACAGUUCACACUGGGACCUGUGAUGGAGAACAUAGUGUUUACUGGGUCAAGAACUCUGAAGAUCCUCAGCCAGGACUCAUUUACACCCACAGAGACAGGAACGAUCAGUGUGAGAGGAAACCCGACACACAGACACACACCUGUGUCUACAACUUGUCAAUGGAGAGACUGAACCGUUCUCAUGCUGGGACCUACUACUGUGCUGUCGCUGCAUGUGGACACAUUGUGUUUGGAGACGGGACCAAAGUGGACUUUGAAGAGGUGGUGGACUAUCUUCCCUUGGUGUAUUUCCUGAGCGUAGCUCUGGCGUUCACCACAAUCCUGGUUGUUUCUCUGGCUUACACAGCACAAAGAGCGCUCAAGACAAACCGCUGCCGCGACUCAGAAUCUCAAGCAGCUGCAGCAGCUCUGAAUAUGGAGGGUCAUCAAGAUGCAGACAACCCACAUUAUGCUGCUUUAAUGGAGCACAGCUUCAGCAGAGCAAGAAGACAAACAGACGUGGACGGGAGUGAAUGUGUGUACACCAGUGUAAAGCAGUAG